AUGAUGGCCAGGAAAUCCAUGAAGAGGGAUUCCUUACGAAGUUCGCCAGGACCUUGGAUCCAGAUCCUGGAGAAGUCUGCCGAGUCCCUUUUGCAGGUGAGCUCGGACUGGAGAGUGCUAUCCGACACAGCGGCCGCCUCCGACAUCGAGACCCUGCAGCGAAGAGAGACCAGCCUCCGGGAGUUGUUGAAGCGCUGUCCCUGGGGCGACCCGGCGAGCACUGCGUCGGCACCACGGCAUCAGACAAGCGACGGUUUGGUGGCUGCGCACGGCCUCGCGACACGAGCGGCUCUCCGUUGCGAGGAGGAGAAGCUCCGCUUCCUGCUGCGACACGAAACCGGAGCUACGGCCGAACGAAGAACCGCCCUUUUCUCGACCCUUGGACUCUACCGUUUCCGCCUCUUUGACAUCGAAGGCGCGCACAAGGCACUGACAAGCGCCGCACGAUUACAGGAAUCCUGUAAGGGCAUCCACUUGGAUCAUCAGCUCUUGGAGUACUCCACGAAGCUUCUGGCAGCAAGGUCUCCGAAAUUCCUUGGAGACGAGCUGUUGGACCUGGAAGAACUGAAACUCGUGAGGGAGAGACUCCUGGCGGCCUCAUACACGGAGUCAACGGUGGUGGAAGGAGCAGGCGCAACUUGCUUGACAGAGUUCGUUCUGGCGAAAUCCGGCGGCCUACUGGAGCAGAGACUGCAGAUUUGGCAACACGAGAAGCUUGUUUCGGCGAGGGCACGCACGGCGGAUCUCGUGCGAUUGUGCCUUCUGCACCGAGCAAUUCCUGUCAGCCGGGUCGUAGCCCUGCUUGGACAAGACGUGUAUGACCUCCUGCUCCGAUUACAGGUCCUAUGCGAGAUUGAUCAAGAAACUUCAAGGCUCCUGCGCCUCAAUACCGAAACUCAGGAGCCUUGCGGGCCUUGUGUCUUCGCGAGCGUCGCGAUUUGGCCGGUGGAGGGCGACCUGCUCGUGGCGACUGACUUCGAGUCGACCUGCUUCUCGGACGACACCGAGCCGGUCAUGUACCUCUCGGAGGACUCUCUGGCUCUGGCAGCCGCCGCACCGCGACGGCCCUGCCGCCGGCUGCUUGACCUUUGUUGUGGCUCGGGUAUGCAGGGAAUCGUUGCCCUGCAGCACUACGCCACGAGGGCGGUGUUCCUGGAUGCGAAUCCCCGUGCCAUGGGCUUCACCCGAUUCAACUUGGCGUUGAACGGCCUGCUGGGGAGGUGCGAUGGACUGUUGCAGAAGGAUCUGCGCUACAAAGGGCUUGGCAAGAGCAGCCUCUUUGACGCCAUUCUCGUGAACCCGCCUUUUAUGCCGAACCCUAAGAACAUCGCCACUGGCGCCAGUCUUCUAUUCGGAAACGGUGGGGACUGCGGAGAAGAGGUUCUUUCUGCCGCUGUCCGCUUGGCUAGCUGCCAUCUUGCUCCCGACGGGUGCCUGACUGCAGUGUCGAAAGUGCCAAACGUUCGGCACUUUCCGACUCGCUUGAAGUCGUGGUGGAGCGCGGACUGCCCAAGGUCAUCUGCCUGGGUCUUCCACGGGGCUAAGACACCUGCACAACAGUAUAUGCCCACUGCCAUCAGCAGUGGCGUCGAGCCAGCACGGUAUCAAGAAGCACUGUCUGAGCAAGGCAUCACUGACUUGUCGCAAGCAGUCCUUCUUGUGCGUGUGGACAGUGGCAGCACCUCCGGGCUGGAAGUUCACUUGAUGGAGACAGCUUCUUCAAAGCUCUGGCUGCAGACUUCCUUCCUCCGAUCGCUUCCAGCGACCGUGGAAGCCGCACAGGUAGAAAGGAACGCGAGCAUCAGUCCCAGUCUUGACAAUCCUAAGAAGUUCAGAAGGGCCACCUGCACCAUUUACAAAAGCACGUACUUAAUGUACUCGCAACACCAGGGGAAGAACAAUACUGAUACUGACACCAAUCGUGCAUUUAAGGGGCCAUCCCUCUACCCUGCCGGGAGUUUUCGGCUGCUCCUGACUUGUCCUCCUGACUUGUCCCCCGGAUGCGGCUCAAGAGCCAGUCUCACAGCGAUUGGGACAUUGAGCUUCCCGUCAUCGUGCACGCACUCUUCCAAGUUUUCAUGUCAAUUCACAACUCCACAACACCCGAAUCAUGUGAGGUCGGGUUCAAAAGUUCAGACUACACGUGAUGAAUCAGGCAAGACGAGGCCUCUAGGCCCAUGGCCACUUGACACCUCGGGGUGUCGAGUGCCCAGAGGAUCACCUGCAUACUCAUCCUGUGCCUCUUGUGCAUUGCAUGAGGGAGGUUUGGCGUCGAAGCGUGACGCAGAUAUCCCAAGUUGCUUCCAAGUCGGCAAGUCCUACAUACUUGCAAUCGAGGCCAAGAGUUGGCAAUGGAUGCAGAGAAGCCUGCAGAGGACAAAGCUUUUGAUCUUCAGAGUUGAACGGUGA